GUCUUUGGGCCGGGGCCGACCUGGUAGCGUGCAGUGGGGGUCCUUGGGGGGCCGGGGCCGUCCUGGUAGCGUGCAGUGGGGGUCCUUGGGGGGCCGGGGCCGUCCUGGUAGCGUGCAGUGGGGGUCCUUGGGGGGCCGGGCCGACCUGGCAGCGUGCAGUGGGGGUCCUUGGGGGGCCGGGGCCGACCUGGUAGCGUGCAGUGGGGUCCUUAGACCGGGACCUGGACCCGGUAGUGUGCAGUGGACUCCUUGGGCCUGGCCGUCCUGAAACCGUGCAGGGUGCUGUGAUGCUUUGUGUCUGGACUUGGGUUUCAAGGGAACUUGCCCUAGAGUCGUUCCAGUGGCUCCUGUGCUCAUUUUAGAUGAAUUCAGGGCUCCCGGUUUCUGCAUUCAGUCGUUUCCGUUAAUGCAGCCGUGUGUUUCCAGUAUCCUUUUUUCAGGCUGCUUGCCAAGACUAUCCCAGCGACGAAGCUGCACCCUGCAGGAGCCGUUCGCCUGGCUGCAGAGCCAACUGCCGAGAGCUAGCAGGACGUCCCUGGCGAAGGUGCCCUGACCCCUCUGCACCCCAUUUCCUCUUCUGGGCCUUUUGUGCACGUGGAAGGGCUUGGGGGAGUAUGGAAAUGCCGCCUGCUAGAGACAAGUAACUCACUUGGGACACUUCGAGUGCACACCCGCUCCGAGCAGGUGUCCCUCCAGGGCGCUUUUCUUCCCUAGUCAGGAGGAAUAUGAACCAGAAGCUGUUGAAGUUGGAGAACUUGCUACAAUUACACAUUGUUUGCAGACGGCUGCAUGUCCUGGGUCAAAGGAGUGCGUCGGCCAGGUGGGGCCCGGGCUGUGGCUCCGCUCCCCUGGCCGGGACAGCGCAGCGGUCCGCCUGGCCCCAGAGGGGACACCUGCUCCUCAGGACGGCUUUAUGUCAGUAUAGGCUGCUGGUAACAAAGAAGGAAAAAAAGCCAUGGAAACCUCAGUUACCUUCAACGAAACCCAAAAAGGAGAUAGAAGUAUGGAUUGGAAUGACUGUCGAGGAACUGGCUAAAGCAAUGGAGAAAGACACAGAUUAUGUAUACGAAGCUCUACUGAACACUGCUAUUGAUGUCGAUUCCCUAGAAGCAAACUCACGUUUAGAAGAAGUCUGGAUCAAAGAAGUGAUUAAAAAGGCAGACAUGAAGUUCAAGUGGAGUAAAUUAAAGCAAGACAAAGUCAGAGAAAAUAAGGAUGUAGUAAGAAGGCCCCCAGCAGAUGCAGCCGUGUUAACCCCAAGGUCCCCAGUUGUUACUAUCAUGGGCCAUGUUGAUCAUGGGAAAACGACGUUACUUGACAAACUUCGAAAAACUCAAGUGGCAGCAAUGGAAGCUGGCGGCAUCACUCAGCACAUCGGGGCCUUUCUUGUCUCUAUGCCUUCUGGGGAGAAGAUCACCUUUCUCGAUACCCCAGGCCAUGCUGCUUUUUCAGCAAUGAGAGCCAGAGGUGCCCAAGUCACUGACAUCGUGGUAUUGGUUGUAGCUGCAGAUGACGGCGUGAUGAAACAGACUGUGGAAUCUAUUCAGCAUGCUAAAGAUGCUCAAGUUCCUAUUGUCCUUGCCAUAAACAAAUGUGACAAAGCUGAUGCUGAUCCUGAGAAGGUGAAAAAAGAGCUGCUGGCUUACGAUGUGGUGUGCGAAGAUUAUGGAGGUGAUGUGCAGGCUGUGCAUGUCUCUGCACUGACGGGUGAUAACCUGAUGGCUCUGGCGGAAGCAACAAUUGCUCUUGCAGAAAUAUUGGAGCUGAAGGCAGAUCGCACUGGCCCAGUGGAAGGAACGGUGAUCGAGUCCUUCACAGACAAAGGAAGAGGCCCUGUUACUACAGCUAUAAUUCAAAGAGGAACUUUGAGGAAAGGCUCGAUUCUAGUUGCUGGAAAAACUUGGGCAAAAGUACGCUUGAUGUUUGAUGAAAAUGGAAAAACAAUCAGCGAGGCCCAUCCCAGCAUGCCAGUGGGAAUUAUUGGCUGGAAAGACCUUCCUUCUGCAGGUGAUGAAAUUCUUGAAGUAGAAUCGGAGCCACGGGCACGUGAAGUUGUUGACUGGAGGAAAUAUGCACAAGAACAGGAGAAAAAUAAAGAUGACCUGAAGAUAAUAGAAGAAAAGCGAAAGGAACACCAGGAGGCGUAUCAGAAAGCCCGUGACAAGUACGGCACUUUGCACUGGAAGGAGAGAUCUUACAUGAAGUACCUAGAAAGGAAAGAGCAGACAUACUUCAAGCAGAAGGAGAAAACAGGGGGAGACUCAAACAUACUUCCUGUGGUCAUUAAAGGUGAUGUCGAUGGUUCUGUUGAGGCCAUUUUGAACAUUAUGGCUACCUACGAUGCUUCCCAUGAGUGCGAACUAGAAUUACUUCAUUUUGGAGUGGGUGAUAUUAGUGAGAAUGAUGUGAACAUGGCUGAAACAUUUAACGGUAUUAUUUAUGGCUUUAAUGUGACUGCAAGCAAUGUUAUCGAAAAGUCAGCUGCAAAAAAAGGAGUAAAAGUUAAAGUUCACAAAAUCAUUUACCGGUUAAUUGAAGAUUUGCAAGAGGAACUGAGCAGUAGAUUACCCUGCGCAGUGGAAGAACAUACAGUAGGUGAAGCUUCAAUACUUGCUACCUUCUCUAUAACAGAAGGGAAGAAAAAAGUGCCAGUCGCUGGCUGCAGAGUCCAAAAGGGACAGUUAGAAAAACAGAAAAAAUUUAAACUAAUCCGAAACGGACACAUCAUUUGGAAGGGCUCGUUAACUUCACUGAAACACCAUAAAGAUGAUGUUUCGACCAUCAAAACUGGAAUGGACUGUGGUCUUAGUUUAGAUGACGAAAAGGUAGAAUUUAAAGUGGGAGAUGAAAUUGUUUGUUAUGAAGAAAAGGAAGUUUUAGCCAAGACUUCUUGGAAUCCAGGAUUUUAAACUCUAUGGAAACUAAGUGGCUCAGGAAAAGACUGAUCGACACAUCGGCAUCGGAGUGCCUGGGUCUGAAUCUGCCCAGGUGCCCCUGCAAGACAGCAGGCAGGUGCGACUGUUGGAUCCCUGCCACCCUGACAAAGGGAGAGCCAGUUUCUUUGGUUAAGAGGGUCUCCGACACAGUACCGAAUCAGCAGAUAAGAUCUGCCUCUCCCUCUAUAUUUCUGCCCUUCACAUAGUGGCAGGUAUUAAAUGCUGCUUGAAACAGUCU